AUGCAGAUCAUCGAUUUGAAACACUGUCAUAUCACCAAAAAACAUGUCUCUCAAAUGCUGUCAGAAAAUGUCACACAUUUGUUGCCGUCUUAUCAUAAGAAUCGAACUAAAUUGGUUGCCUGGGUUGUUUCAAAUGGUCGUCCAACAAAUAAUCCCAAUCAGUAUGCGAAUGCUCUUGAACUAUUUGUGCCGGCAAUUGUUCAAAGUCGAUUUUCUUCCUCUGCACAUUCCGCUAUUUCCUUUUCCUGCUUUAGUACUAGAAUCGUACCAAUCGUUUUGGGUGCCUACAAGGAGGACUACGAGAGUGUUCUUCCACCUCAUUCCUACAUCAACGUGGAUGACUUGGACUCUAUUCAGGAACUUGCUGAGUACCUUCAGUUCUUGGACAAGAAUGACACUGCUUACGCACAAUAUUUUGCUUGGACAAAACAUGGCCCAAUUAUCAUGUUGAACAGACCUGAUUGUCGACUUUGUGGAGUUUUGUCAAAUACCAAUGAAGGAAAUAUGUUACUCCGAAAACCUAAUCCUCAACUCUUCACAGAUCCAGGUCAUCUUUGUUUCGAUGGAUCCCUAUUUCCACUCAAGGUGACGACCUCUUGA